AUGAGUGCGAAGCAGUAUGACCGCUACUUGCGCCGGCUGUCUGCUGUACAACAUUCAACUCGACGCGUAAUGCGUACUUCCGUCGAUGAGGAAGAGGAUGUCAACGAGGAGAACGACAAUGAGGUUGAGCGCAUACCUAUACCUGAACUUACGCCUAUCGCUCGAACUCCCGCACCUCGACGUCUUCCCCCUAUGAUCCGCCAGCUCGACCGCGGGCAUCCCAACACGUUGACUCACGACCCUUCCGCGCCUGUUGCAGAGUCAUAUCUCCACGAAGCCUCAUUCGUGUUGAAUCCGCUCAGUGGACGCACUCCCAAUGUGGCAUCCCGCAAGUUAGCUCGUUCGCGAGCGUACCAUGUCGAUGAGCCGGAUCAAUCUACACCUUCUCAGCACAUCGUGAAUCUCUUGUCCGUGGAUGCGACUCUGCAGGAUGUGCUUCUUGUGGAAGACUUGUUGUAUGUUCUCAUCGGAAUCGAAGGCAACUAUAUUCAGUUCUCUUCUGAUUACAAGCCCGACGAUCUUGGGCACCGACUGAACGGGACUCGCUUUGUCAUCGACGACAGUCUGAAUUCAUCUUUACGUGAGCUAGUGGAACGAAUGCUGCCCUUGUCAGGGUACUAUACCUCUAUAAGCGCGUUUUUGGAAUGCGAGUCUGGCUUGGAGUAUGGUACUGUCAUGCACGCAUUGUGUGCCGCAAUCCGGGCGCAACUUAAAACAUAUGAGGAGCUUGUUGCACAGAUGGAAGAGCGGCUCCUAAGCUCGCCAGAUUUUACUUUGCAGCAGUUAUGGCUCCAGAUGCGCCCGAUGCUUCGAACGUUCAGUCUCAUUCAUUCCGUCACGUCAGAGAUCGCCAGUAUUACACAUGCGGACGUGCUACCACGCGAAGACGAGAACGAUGAAGAAGAUGACGUUGACAACGAGGACGGGUCCAGCUCGUCCGAUGCAGGUUUUGACAGUGAUGCUUCGCAGCUCGAGCGUGAUCGACGUGCACUUCUUGGUAUGGAGGAUGAUUUCGAGCAAGGGAUUGUUGGCGGCAUUGUAAAGGGCGGCGAAGUAUUGUCUAUGUUGUGGGACAGACUCACGCAUCUUGGUGGUGAUCCUUUGGCUCAUAAUCUAUAUCUUGAACUGUUUCGCGAGGCUUCUCAGCCAUAUGCGCGUAUGCUCUUGCGUUGGAUCACAUCAGGUGUUUUGCUUGAUCCUUACGAAGAGUUUAUGGUGGUGGAAGACGCCCGCGUCACUCGAGCGAGCCUCGAGUCUGAUCCCACGGACGAGUACUGGGAGCGCCGAUACAUGCUGCGGGAUGAACGAUUUUAUGCUCAACAAGAGCAGCAAGCUCGAGAUGGAGACCCUAUGGCCGAUGACGUGGACGAGGCCCGAGGCGAGUUGACGGGCGGCGCCAAGAUUCCUGCUUUUCUUGAGCCAUGGAAACACAAGAUCUUGCUGGCUGGCAAGUACCUGAAUGCCAUUCGCGAGUGUGGAAUUGAUGUGUCCAAUGUGCUAUCGGAUCGAGUCCAAACUCUGUUUGGCUCUCAAGAUGCACAUGUGGAAUCCUACCUGGCGCUGGAUGCAAAACUCGAACGGGUCGUCAUGGAUGAUGAGUCAUUUGCAGUGUGUAUUGAGCGCGCAUAUCAACGCGCAAACGCGGCGUUAUUGUGCCUGCUAAAGAAGGACAAGGACAUCAUUGCGCGGCUUUGCUCGCUGAAACACUACUUUUUCUUCGCACACGCGGACUUCCUACAAACCUUCUUGGAUCAAUCAGAGCAUGAAUUGCGCAAAGUCGUCGAUCCACAACGGAUCCGCGAGACCACAUUGAUGCGCCUGCAAACUCAACUCGACAUGGCAUUGGGCAGCUCAGAUACGGUAGGAUUCCUUGAUCCAUACCGAGAGGACUUGCGCGUGGAUUUGGCCAAAGAGCGUGCCUAUGAUCAACUCCAGCGUAUCGCGGAUACCAAAGGUGUGAUUGAAAUAGCAAAAUUGCGUGCGAAGCAGCAAGCAGAGCGACAGCAUCAAGGUACGCGUGAAGUCGUCAUGUAUUUGCUCCAGUUCGACGUGCAUGUGCAAUUCCCCGUAUCACUGGUCAUCUCCAAGAAAAAUAUCCUCCGUUGGCAGUUCAUUCACCGCUGUCUUUUGCUGUUCAAAUUGCUGGAACGUGCGCUCACGGAUGUGUGGGUGGAUCAGACCGCGUCGUCAUGGCGCCGUCGCGAUCGACGGCCUCAUGCUGCACCCAUGGAGCGUUGGAAAAUGAGGAUUCAUCUACUUCGGCAGCGGAUGUUACUGCUGGUGCAACAACUACUGGCUUUUUAUACGAGCGAGGUCUUGGAGCCAAACUGGCACGACUUGGAAUGCAAGCUGCUCGAAGCUCGCUCGGUCGACCAAUUUAUGAAGCAUCACUUUGACUUUCUUAAUACGUGUCGCAAGGAGUGCAUGCUGACGGACUAUCGUUAUUUGGAGUGUCAUCGGAAGAUCAUGAAUACCAUCACCGCGUUCACCGAGAGCAAGGCGCGGUUUGCUGAGCAAUAUGCAAAUAUGCAAACGGCAGUAGACGCGUGGUAUGAACAAGGUGAUGAGAGUGCACCGGCACCACAACUUAUAGACGAUGGCGAUAUCCUCGUCAAGAUCGAAGCAAGCUGGAAUAAACAUGCCCGCGUAUGUUGCAUAUGA